AUGUAUACCUACACUCCUACCCACAAGUUCCUCGUUCUCUCUCCCAUCCACUCUGGUCCCAUGAAUGACCAAGUCGAGAGCAAGGAGCCAACUCAAGUCCGUGAACGCUCCAGCAGCCAGUCUUCCACGACUUCCACCGGAUCACAGCUGAGGGGUGUCUUCUCCCCUCUCCCCGGUGGCUUCCUCUACCUGGGACACGAGCAAAACCGGAACUAA